AUGAGCAGACGAGUAUGGAAGCUCCAAGACUUCGUAGCGCACACAGGUCGAGUACAAUGUGCUCGACUUGGCGAGAAGUCUGGUCAAGUUCUUGCGACCGGGGGAGAUGACAAGCGGGUGAACAUUUGGAAGGUGGGCAAACCCAAUGCCAUGAUGAGCCUAACUGGCCAUACCAGCUCCGUCGAGUGCUUGGUUUUUGACAAGCAAGAGGAGGUCUUGAUUGUCGGCUGUGCUGGUGGCUCGAUGCAGUGCUGGAACCUGGAAUACAGGAAGAUGGCAGGCUCGUUGGCCGGGCAUCGGACGGCCUGUACGUGUGUGGAGUUCCACCCCUAUGGCGAGUUCUUCGCAUCGGGUUCGAAUGACACGAACUUGAAGAUCUGGGAUUUACGGCGCAAGUCUUGCAUCCAGACUUAUCCAGGUCACUCGGCCCCAGUGAGUGCAAUCCGUUUCUCACCGCAUGGUCGAUGGGUAGCGACCGGUGGCCUGGACAACCAGGUAAAAAUAUGGGAUCUCACAGCUGGCAAGCAGAUGAAGGACCUGGAUCUGCACAAGGGAGCUGUGACCUCGUUGAGCUUCCACCCCAAGGAGUACCUGCUUGUCUCCGGCUCUGCGGACCGGACGGUAAUCCUCUGGAGCCUUGAAAGCUUUCUCAGCGUUGGUGUGUCCUCCAUUGGUGCCACCCCUGUACAGGCAGUCAAGUUCUACCCCGAGGAACAGGCUGUGCUCAGCGCCUCGCACGACUUGUUGCGUCUGCAUCCUUGCAGCGCAGUGUCAAACGUUUCUGAUGCCAUGGAUGUGGACUGGAAAGGCUUGCAGGACAUCCGACUUUGCUACCCGGAAGAGAAGCUCCUGGCCGUAUCUGCGGACGGGUCCCAGCUUGGCUUGUGGGUGGCGGACCUUCGCAGCAGAGAUGCUUCCAGGGUGCAGCCAGCCCGCCGGCCCGUCACUGGAGGCAACUCGGGGAGAGGGUCGCCAACGCAGGCUCCACCCAGACCGUUUCACCUGGAGCCGGAGGAAGAGCGGGCUCCGGCGGCACCGGCAGGACCGCCAGCACCGGCGCCGCCCGCACCGCCUCCGGCCCCUCCGCAGAACUCGCAGAGCACCCCGAGCCCCUCAGAGGUCGCGGCAGAAGCCAAGGCUGCGGCCUUUGCUGCGGUGGAGCGCUUGGAGCGGUUCGGCAGACCUCCUGGGCCUCCGCCUUCUGGGCCUCCCGUCGAAGGCGCUGUGGAAUGUUGUGGAGAUCUGUGGAGCAUGGGAGUACGCUGUGGCCUAGUCUCCAAAGCUCUUUUAGCUUUGGUCAGCGCCUUGCGAUGCUGUCGUGCCUUGUUUCCACCGGGCACCUGCCAGGGGAGGCCCCCGCUCCUGAGCCGCCGAGACGGCCUGUGGAGCGCAGGCCAAACGUGA